CGCCAGGGAGGGCCGUAGGAGGUGCUGAUCCUUUCGCACGGUGAUAAGUCCUCGUCGCACCGCCUGCUUAUCUACAUUGCAGUAUUGCUUCCACGCAGUGUCCUUGUCACCGACCCAAAUAACAAAAUGGCCAUGGCUAUGCGCUCCUCCUUCGCCGCCCGCGUGGCUGGCUCUCGCCCGGCCGUCCGCGGUGCUCGCCCCGCCAGCCGCAUGACCGUGAUGGCCUACAAGGUCACCCUGAAGACCCCUGCUGGCGACAAGACCAUUGAGUGCAAGCCGGAUGUCUACAUCCUGGACGCUGCUGAGGAGGCUGGCCUGGACCUGCCUUACUCCUGCCGCGCUGGUGCCUGCUCCAGCUGCGCGGGCAUGGUGGUGGAGGGCUCCGUCGACCAGGGGGACCAGAGCUUCCUGGACGACUCCCAGAUGGAGAAGGGCUUCGUGCUGACCUGCGUGGCCUACCCCACCUCCGAUGUCACCAUCGUCACCCACCAGGAGGAGAAGCUGUACUAAGCUUGCCAUUGGCCGGAUGGGCAUAGUUGUUUAGCUUUGUUGUUUGGGCAGGGAAGGGUUGCUUGGUUCAAGCGCGUUGACCAGCUUUGGUCAAUGAAUAUAAUGGGGAAUGAGUGACCGUGUCGGCAAGGCCGUGGUGACCACCAAUUUUCUGUAACCGGCCUGCCUCGAUU